GUAAAGAUGAUCAUUAUUAUCUCAAUUGUUCAUUUCGUAUCGAUCAGAAGAAAGUUAUAAUUGCUGUACAAAGUUUGCCGGAAACUCAGAUAGUAGUGCCGAACAAAAUUUACACCUCCUCAAUUUCCAAGACUAAUCCAAACAAAAAUCACCUUUAUCAGUAUGCCAUCGAACAUGGAAUAAAUCCCAAAGAAUUUUCGAUCAUUACAGAGGCUGAGAAAAAUGGGUGGGCCAUGGGAUGUUUUCGUGGGGAUUUGAAAAGAGAUAUAUGUUUCUAUCGUGGUGGAAUAGAAAGAAAAGAAGACCCUAGAAAAUAUCGUGAAUUUUUAACAGAUCGAGAGAGGCUAGUUGGUGAAGAGUUAUCGCGUCGCGGUAUAUUAAAAAGCGGUUUAAGCACUGAAUGGCUCGAUAAUCUUAUGGAAGAAUGGGAAAAGAUCCAUACUCAAUUCGUACAAAUUUUCAAUCCAAAUGAAAUUGGAAUCGAGAUAACAACAAAGGCAUAG